AUGGCAUCUCCCCCUCAGCGCCUAGUCAAGAAGCGAGACAGGUCUAGUGAGAAUUUCGUCAAGGCAACGAAGAAUCUUUUAGCACGAUGCGACCGAAUAAGGGAGCAAUACGAUGCCGACAUAUACAUCCAAGUCCAUCGGUCACAGAGAUACUUCAUGUACACUUCAUCUAAUGAGCCAUCCUGGCCUAAGACCCAGGCGGAGGUGGGAAAAAUGUACCCUGUCCCUGUGACAAGAACCCCUCAGGACUUUGCCGGUAAGCGAAGCCGCGCCUCGACCAUCUGUACAACACAGGCAACCGCAGAAGAAGAAACCAACGCCUCAUGUUGCGAUGGGGAGAGGGCGUCAGUGGUAGAUCGUCGUGGUGUUCUGGCUCAGAAUCAUGGUGUGGAUGCAUAUUCCUGUGACGAGCCAGCAGGGCAAGAGAUGGUGCCUCUGGGAGGGCACAGCACGUGCAGCAUGGGAAAAUAG